GCCUCUACAUAUAGACUAUGCAACACACUCAGUUGAGCCCAUAGUUCGCCUGCAGGUGUUCAAGCUCGCAUUCCAACAAUUGAAGCACAGCUUAGUUCGUUUAUUAGUAGACGAAUUCAUGGCUCGAGUUUAGACACCAACAGCGUGCAUUGCUACAAUGGAAGGUAUAUACAUAAAUACCUUUUGAAUGAACGUGUGAUGGCGACAAACGUAGUCGCGUGUAUUUAUUGACUAGCCCCACCUGUGCAGCGCCUUGUAUUAAACUGGUUGAGCCGUGUUUGCCAUUGUGAACGCGUGUAUCGUGGCGUAGAUGAUCAGAUCGUUCGAACUUAGCACCUUUUCACAUCCACAGGGACGUUCGCCCGAGUACACGCUUUUGUGCUUUCAAAUGACCACGUCGAGAAAACACCAUGCCACACCCAGGACAGUCUCACGGAUAGGGACGUUCGCCCGUGUGCACGCGUUUGUGUCUUUUCAAAUAAUCACGUCGAGCAAGCUCCAUACCACACCCAGGAUAGUCUCACGCAUAGGGACGUUAGCCCGCAUGAAUGCGCUUGUAUUUUUUCAAAAUACUUUUUUGCUUAAACUCCCUUCCACACCCAGGAUAGUCACAGGCAUAGGGGCGUUCGCCCGUGUGCACGCAAUAGUGUCUGUGCAAAUUCCCACUUUCCUUAAACGCCAUACCACACCCAGGAUAGUCUCACGCAUAAGGACGUUCGCCCGUGUGCACGCGUUUGUGUCUUAUCAGUCCACUACUUCCCGUAAGCGCAAUACCGCACCCAGGUUAGUCGCACGCAUAGGGACGUUCGCCCGUGUGCACGCGCAUAUGCACCUUCAUAUUAGCCCGAGUGGUACAUAUCUGACCACAGUUGGGCCAUUCACAAGUGUAUUUCUUCACUCUGGCAGAUGUCGAUCCAAUAGUACGGACCGACAAACUGCUCGCGAAAUGAAGCCUAAGCAUUACAAAUGA